AUGAUGUCGUAUCUAAAGCAACCACCUUACACAGUCAAUGGCCUGAGCUUAACUACUUCCGGAAUGGACCUUUUGCAUCCAUCGGUGGGCUAUCCAGGUGAAUUUGCCUUUGUACUUGCAGCGACGCCACGGAAGCAGAGGCGAGAAAGGACUACUUUUACGCGCGCUCAGCUCGACGUUUUGGAGGCGUUGUUCGCCAAAACUCGGUACCCGGACAUAUUCAUGCGCGAAGAGGUGGCGCUGAAAAUCAAUCUACCUGAAUCCCGUGUACAGGUCUGGUUUAAGAACCGGCGGGCAAAGUGUCGCCAGCAGCAGCAGCAGCAGCAGAACGGGGGCCAGAACAAGGUGAGACCUGCCAAAAAGAAAAGUUCCCCAACCCGAGAAGUGAGCUCAGAGAGUGGCGCCAGUGGGCAGUUCACACCCCCCACCAGCACCACCACAGUCCCCGCCAUCUCCACCACCACCGCCGCCCCAGUGUCCAUCUGGAGCCCGGCGUCCAUCUCUCCGCUCUCAGAUCCGUUGUCUACCUCCUCCUCCUGCAUGCAGAGGUCCUAUCCCAUGACCUACACCCAGGCCUCGGGUUACAGCCAGGGCUACGCCGGCUCGACAUCCUACUUCAGUGGCAUGGACUGCGGCUCUUACCUCACUCCCAUGCACCACCAGUUGUCAGGCCCGGGCUCGACUCUCAGUCCAAUGAGCACAAACGCAGUGACAAGCCAUCUGAACCAGUCCCCGGCGUCCCUCUCCACCCAGGGCUACGGGACGUCCGGCCUGGGCUUCAACUCCACAGCAGACUGCUUGGAUUAUAAGGACCAAGCGGCGUCGUGGAAGCUGAACUUCAAUGCCGAUUGCUUGGAUUAUAAGGAUCAAACUUCCUCGUGGAAAUUUCAGGUCCUGUGA